UACGAGAGUACGUGAACGCAGCACCAGUGCGGCGUCUUCCAACGAGUAGAAGCUAGCGAGUCGACAACAGCAGCAGUAAUAAAAAGAAAAACACAUUCUUACACGCCAUCUGUUCUGAUGACUUUGUAUUAUGUGGUGUUACUGUGUUGAACGGCGCUGUUGAUGUUAGCAUGAAGAAUAAAACAAAGUCAAAGUUUUGGAAAAGGCUCAAAUCCCGAACCACGUCAACUUGUGUGUCGUGGCAGCCACAACAGUCUCAGUGUGGACACAAAGAAGCAGAGAAACCUCUGAAAUAGCAGGUUUUCCUAAACAUGGACUCUGAUGUCUGCCCUGGUGAUGGAGCCUUGGGGACUGGAGACAGCAGGCAAGGUGUAGCAGCGGAGGAUGUGGAUUCCUACAGCUUAAUCGAGCCUCCUCCAUUAGACUGGAGGUCCGAUUGCUCCAGUGAGACAGACUCAGCAGACGUCCUGGAUGACCCAGGUUUCCCUCCCCCUGUUGAUAGCUUGGACAAAACGAGUCCAGGUGAGCCAGUAUUACUGCCCUUAAGGGUGAGCAACUCUGAGACGCAACUCAACAUAAAUCAGAAGGAGAUAAAGCCACAACCUGAAUUGGAGGACAGAGAAAGUGUCGAAGACUCAAAGGAUUUCGGGGAAGUCCAUGAACAGGUAGCGUUUACUGAUGUGGAAAGUAAAGUCACAGAAGGAAGGUUUGACAGAUCAGGUGACGAAGACCACGGGCGCAUCCAGACCCUGCUCAGCCAGCUUCAGUUGAUGGGUGACGAGCCUCAUCCCAGUCAUCACAUCCCACCGCCCCACAAUCAGUGCUCCAGCAUGUCUGAGCUGGAAGCAUGUGCCCCCUACCUAGUAACAGACGAGAGCACUGAAACCACAGGGCUGCUGUUCUCUGAAAGCCACCAGAGACACCUGCUUGGGUUGCUGCAGUGUACAGAGAUCGGUGCUACCCCUCGCCCCACCGAUUUGCCCCACAGGGGUGAAGUAGAUGCUGUAGUCUCUAUUUCCUAUAGUCAGGAGGAUGCUCAAACGUUCUGGCCACACAGUGGGAAUGGUCAUCAUUGUUCACACAGAAAUGACUCAUUUGCUUCCUUACCUGACGAUGAGUAUCCUGAACCAGUGUGGAUGAAGCUGGGUGAGGACCCUCCAGAAGAAGAAGCUGCUGCUGGGAGAGAACAUAAUGAUGAUGAUCAUCCUUCAUAUAAAGAUGUGCCCGGUCCUUGUGACCCGGAUGACCUGUUGGAUGGAGUAAUAUUUGGUGCUAAGUAUUUGGGCUCUACUCAGCUGAAAUCAGACAGAAACCCAUCUACGAAUGCUCGUAUGGCCCAGGCUCAGGAGGCUGUGGACAGGAUAAAGGCUCCAGAGGGAGAGUCUCAACCUAUGACAGAGGUGGAUUUGUUCAUUUCCACACAGCGAAUCAAAGUUCUCACAGCUGACACUCAGGAAGCUAUGAUGGAUCAUGCAUUGCAAAUGAUUUCUUACAUUGCUGACAUUGGAAACAUUGUGGUCCUAAUGGCACGAAGGAAGCGUAAAGGACAAGAUGAUGACAUCAAUUCUGACUCUCAGAAAAAGUGUGUAAUGAUCUGCCAUGUGUUCUCGUCUGAGGAUGCUCAGGUCAUAGCUCAGGCAAUUGGUCAGGCAUUUGGUGUGGCCUACCAGCAGUUCCUUCAGGCCAAUGGCAUCAAAGCAAGUGAUCUGAGACCUGGCGAGUACAGUGACUACCUGGAAAGCCAAGAGCUAUACAAUGGAGACCUGGCUCAUUUUUCCAACUCCCAGAACCUCAAAGAUGUAGCGAUCACUAAGGCUCCUGGAGACAUCCUAGGGCUAGCAGUUGUGGAAUCAGGCUGGGGCUCCAUUCUCCCCACUGUGGUGGUGGCCAACCUGCUUCACGGAGGUCCAGCUGAGCGCUGUGGCGAGCUGAGCAUUGGUGAUCGCAUCAUGUCCGUAAAUGGCACAAGCCUUGUGGGUCUACCCAUCACCACCUGCCAGAACAUAAUUCGGGACCUGAAAAGCCAGAAGUAUGUGAAGCUCAGCAUUGUCCACUGCCCUCCUGUCACCAUGGCAAUUAUCAAACGACCAGAUCCCAAGUUUCAGCUGGGCUUCAGUGUGGAGGACGGCAUUAUUUGCAGCCUGAUGCGUGGCGGCAUAGCAGAAAGAGGAGGCAUCCGUGUCGGCCACCGCAUCAUUGAAAUAAACGGACAGAGUGUUGUGGCCACACCACAUGAAAAAAUUAUUCAGAUCUUAACUAAUGCUGUUGGAGAGAUACACUUGAAGACGAUGCCAGCCUCAACAUAUCGACUCUUGACAGGACAGGAACAGCCAGUGUUUCUUUGAGCACCUUUUGCUUCAUCAAAGAAUAAACUAUUGCACAAUGUGCUGCUUCAUGAACUUUUACCAAAUUCAGUAAUUAUUAUGCAAGUGAUCAUGCAGCAUUUCACAAACUGUUGUCACACCACUGAAUUCAAACUAGUCCAGCUGUGUAUUUUAAGGAUGUAUAAGAAAUUUGAAUAUCAUGAGCUUAUUUUAAUGACAAGGAUAUAUGUUUACACUCAGUUAAUAUUUAUCAGAUGUUUAACAUUGCAGGCAUAGCUGAAAUACAAAUGCGAGCUUUUAUGUUGCUUUUUUUUGACACACUAACUUUAUUGAGUCUAGUGUGCUUUAAAUGUCUUCCAGCCUGAAAAGCCAGUGUGCCUAAGAUAAACAUGCAUGUAAGGGAGACCUUACUGAAUUAGAACAAGGGGUCUGUGUAUUUUAUAUUAAUGUGCUUCCAGUCCCUGACACAUUUACUGCAGGACUCUGGUUUAUUCAUUUGACGAUUCCUGUGCCUGAGGGGAAGCAGAUACGUCAUAAAUAAGUUUACUUACUUAAUUGAUAGAUGCAUAUAUUUUUAAGAAUGUACUGUUUCAGAGCUUGAUUAAAAUAAUUUGUCAAAGGC